UUAAUUCCCCAAGUGCGGCAGACAGUCAGCCAGCUGUACGAAUUCCGAGCGCAUUUACAACAGAAAUGGGAGUCUACACGGACACGUCUGGAGCAGAUCUACCAACUGCGCUUGUUUGAAGACGAUGCUAGUCGGAUGGCCAACUGGUUGGAGCAGCAGAGACACAUCUUCCUUUCUGAGUGCACUGAAAUCGGUUCAACGGCAGCUCAGGUGAGUUCAUUUUUCCGAGGUCUCCCCUCCGACACAUCUGCUGCAGCAGAUAGUCUUCUCUGCUUUCACCCUGCAGCGCUUGCUAUUGCCUAG